UCUGUAUGUGCACGAGGGGGGUUAUCCAGCAAACUAGCCGCACACACGUGCUACACUGUUGUUCUGCUCCUACACAAACACAUCAGUCUUACUGAAGUAACGUUUAAUCAUUUAAGGAUCAUCAAUCAUCACUAAAGCUGUACCUCAUGAGUUUUGUGGAGUACUCUGAACUUAUCCAAGAUGAGGAUGUUGUCAUUAUCUUUAUGGGGCAUGAUUCCAUGAUGCCAAUAAAAGUUCAGUCAGGUGCUCAGACUCAAACCCGCUAUGGGGUCAUCCGGCACUCCAGCGACCUUAUUGGACAGCGGUUUGGAUCCAAAGUAACUUGUAGUAAGGGUGGUUGGGUUUAUGUGUUGCACCCUACACCAGAGCUGUGGACUAUCAACCUUCCCCACCGAACACAGAUCCUCUACAUGACAGACAUUGCCAACAUCACACUGAUGCUGGAGCUCAAACCAGGCUCUGUUGUGUGCGAGUCAGGUACAGGCAGCGGCUCUCUGUCUCACUCUAUUUUGCGGACCAUUGCUCCUACCGGCCACCUGCACACUGUGGAGUUCCACAGUCAGCGAGCCGAGAAGGCUAUGCUGGAGUUCAAGGAGCACAAAGUGUCUCAUCUGGUUACUGUCAGAAACCAGGAUGUGUGCAAGGAUGGCUUUGGCAUCACGGGUGUAGCCGACGCCGUCUUUUUAGACAUUCCCUCUCCGUGGGAGGCAAUCUCACAUGCCAAGAAGACCUUAAAAUACAAGGGAGGUCGUCUCUGCUCAUUCUCACCAUGUAUAGAGCAGGUCCAGAGAACUUGCGAGGCUUUAUUGGACCAUGGGUUUGAGGAGAUCUGCACACUGGAGGUUCUGCUGCGGGUUCAUGAUGUUCGCACUGUCACUCUGGCCUUGCCAGACUUCGGACCAGAGGAGUGCUAUGCCGACAGCACUCAGACAGCUUCAGACCUCAGUCAAGAGGAUGUCAACACCUCUGUGAUCUGCAAGACUGCCACACCACCCAGAGAAAUGGCAGGACACACAGGAUACCUCACCUUUGCUUCCAAACCACGUGACCAGAAGUGUGAAUGAAGUUGAUGUUGUAGAGUUAAAGUAAUGCAGGCCUGAGAAAUGUCUUGAAUGCACCUGUGCAAUCCCUUUUAGUUGUGCUUAGCUUCAUUUACAUUUAAAAUAUUGGUUGGUUAGUAGAUGAGAUUUUACUCAAUGUAGAAUUUUUUUUUCCAUUUACAACAAAAAAAAUUCAAUAAUUAGAUCUUUAGUUUUACUAUAAAAAUAAAAAACAGUUAGUAGUUUGUAUGUGUUGCUUUCUCUUGUGGUUCUAAUGUGCAGACUCUCAACUGUUUUGUAAAAAUAAAUGCACAGAUAUCAGAUUUUUGUCAAAACAUAAAGACUGAGUGUAGUUGUCAUCAUGAUGUGAAAAUGUUUUGUCUUUAUUUCUAUAUUUUUUUAUAAUGUCAAUUGUGUCAAAGCAACUUAACAAAGAUGAAGUUCUUGUACGUUGAAACUGCUUCAGUCCAGUUUUCAUCAUUGAAGUUCAGUGUAAUGUAAAUAUCACUGUUGAAAGCUGAAACAUUGAAUAUAAUAGAGCAACUUCGCUUAUGCGCAGCUUCACAUGUCCCAACCAUCCUAAUACUAGGAUGUCAGAUAAUGUCAUGCAAGGCUUUGAUUGAUUGUGAGGUUUUUAAUGUACUCAUUGAUGUGAUAUAAACUGUUUUUCACCACUAGUGCUCUGAUUUCAAGGCUGUACAGCCUGUUCUGGAUUUGUGUGUUACAUUCUUGCUUGUGAAAUGUAAGAUACUGUAAAAGAACAAGAUGUGCAAACAUCUGGUAAAUGUUAGAUCUGAAAAUAAGUACUGAGAGCUCUUCUAUUUAUGUGUCCAUAAAAGGCCUUCCCACUGAAAUCUGAUGCCUUUGUAGUUGCUGUAAAGAGGUGAUUUUGUUUAUUAUUAUUCUUUGUCACACACACUGUCUCAAUAUUAUAAAACUUUGUGUGCUCUAUUUUCAGAAUACAAUAGUCAUAUGUAGUUAGAAUGGCAUACUAAUGUACUGCAUGAAAUACUGUUCUAUCAUAAACUACAGUCCUUUUCACAAGAUUAUAUGUAGGCCAGCUUCAGCCAUAUUACACUUUUCUGUUAUGCCAUAUGAGUAUGUAAAAAUUUAGCCCUGAAACCUACAACGCUAAAUUGGCCCGUGUUUCAGUUUUAUUGUCCAACCACUGCAUAUACUGUAUGUAUGUGUACUUUGACGUAAAAAGAACUUGUGUAUACCUUUGCAGCGUUAUAUAUUAACAAGCUUGAGAAUUAGGUGGAACAUAAUUAAACUAAUGUAAACAAAACUUUGAAACUACGUUUCAAGCAAGAACACAAAUUAGCUUGUUUUUGCAUGAAUCAACAAUUUUCUAGUAUUUAUGAACUAGCGUAAUUCAGACAAAUUAGAUUUUACAUGUUUUAAAGUGAGUUUGCAUGCAUGUUUCUAACAUGAGCACAUAGCAUACUGCUAUAAUUUUGUUAAUAUAAUUAAAUAUAUCUUAAAUAUGGCUCUUUUUAAUGUUCAUUACAUUAGAUUUUUCUCAUUAUCACAUUGGAUUUUUUAAUUAAGUAAUUGAUUAUUUAAAUAAUCUUUUAAUUAGUAUAACCCACAUCUUCUCUGUGUUAUGUCAUGCUCAGAAUUGCAAUUGUAUUGCUGAUAUACUAUAACUAUAUGAGGGAUAAUGUGUUAUGUAAUGCUGCAACUCAAAUGCUAAGAAAAGGCCCUCUCCCCAUACCAGUUUCUAUUUUAUCUCUGCGUGGCAGAUGGAAAGAUGCUGAUGUAACAGUGUGUGUUUAAACCAUCUGCUUUCUGUUAACAGAAUAUCAAGGAAAAGAAUAAGAAAAGAGCUUGGUUUACUUCUUUCCUGAUGGUCUCAAACACAGCACUGGGCUCUGUGAUUGCAGCUCUUAAGACUCCACAAAUUCUCUCACCUUAAUCAGUGUGUCAGCAAUACCUCAAUUGACACAGAUUCUUCAUAUGAUGAUAUUCUAACGAACAGCAAUAAAAGCAAUGGUAUUCUGCAUUAAA